AUGCAGUUUCCGGAUGGUCCCACCAUUAGACGAUUCUUCCUCAUCAUCGUUAUCAUUUGCAUGAUCAUUCCUCUACGGAAAGCAGAUUUAUGGACCGAAACAAAACGAAUGAGCGACUUGCAACAGUGGCGUACUUUAUGCGCUCGAUAUACAGUUGCACUAGCUUAUAUGAAAGACUCAAAUGCGCGCAUCACAGUUUUUGCCCCAAUUAAUGACGUCUUUAUCUACAAUCCAGAUAUCCGUGCUUUUAGUCAAAAAGAAGUCCUGAGUCAUAUAG